AUGUAUAAAAAUAAUGUUAUUAAUAAUAUAUAUAGCUUACUCCAAAAGAUAAUUCAAAAACAUUUAAAAAUUGGUGAUUUGAAUUUUCAAAAACACCGUGAUUCUACUAUCCGAAUUAAAGACCAAUUUCAAUUAAUUUGUGGUCGAACUCCCCCUUUUAAGGAAGAACUUUCUUUACAGAAAAAAAAUGUUUAG